UAAAUCGUUUCUUUAUUCCUGGACGGUACGAGGCACUUAUCAGAUUGUACUCAGUAAUUCCGCGGUGCCUCGGAGGCGGCGGUCCUGAUGAAGUGUCGGCAGAGGGAGGAGGAAACCGAGGAGAGGAAGGAAACGAGGAUAACGUCACAAAAAAGCAGAAUCGGGGAGUAACGGGCUGUGUAGUGUUUAAUGGACAAUCCUUGAUGCGGCCGGGUCCGAGCUGGGGCUAAUUGCGUUCGUUUACCCGGCGCCGGAUAAAGAUGCUUUUGUUCACUCGUCGGGCGUAAAAAAAGCGCAAAGCAUUCGGCAUUUGAGGAAGCGACAGCGCGGCGGCAAAUUCCCAUCUUUUUCCGCUCUUCUACCAAAGCAGAGACAUGGAAAUGCGUGCACCCCUCCUACAUUUGACUGUUUACUGAAGGAUUUAACCUAAUCGUGACACGCCAGUGGAUCAACCCCUGCAGCCCAGUGCGUUUAAUGAGCGGCAGAGACGUAUAGACGGCGCCGCCGCUGGAUUCUGAGGACGUCGCUUUUCCUUUUGCUUUUCGAAACACACUCGGCAGAACCAUCGGGAGAAUUAACAGGUGACGCCUGAACAAAGCCAAAAUGAGUGAGCUGGAGCAGCUUCGCCAGGAGGCAGAGCAGCUUAGGAACCAAAUAAGAGAUGCCAGGAAGGCGUGUGGAGAUUCCACCCUGACGCAGAUAACUGCCGGUCUGGAUCCUGUGGGGCGGAUUCAGAUGCGGACGCGACGCACCCUCCGCGGACACCUCGCCAAGAUCUACGCCAUGCACUGGGGCUCGGACUCCAGGCUUCUGGUUAGUGCCUCACAAGAUGGAAAGCUCAUCAUCUGGGACAGCUACACCACCAACAAGAUCCACGCCAUCCCCCUGCGCUCCUCCUGGGUGAUGACCUGCGCGUACGCCCCGUCCGGGAACUACGUGGCGUGCGGCGGCCUCGACAACAUCUGCUCCAUCUACUGCUUGAAGACGCGCGAGGGCAACGUGAGGGUCAGCAGGGAACUCCCGGGCCACACAGGUUAUCUGUCAUGUUGCCGCUUCAUUGAUGACAAUCAAAUCAUCACGAGUUCAGGAGACACCACAUGUGCCCUGUGGGACAUCGAGACGAGUCAGCAGACCACGGUUUUCUCAGGCCACACCGGCGACGUCAUGAGCCUGUCCCUGUCGCCCGACCUGCGCACCUUCGUGUCCGGGGCCUGCGACGCCUCGGUCAAACUGUGGGACAUCAGGGACAGCAUGUGCCGGCAGACCUUCACGGGCCACGAGUCGGACAUCAACGCCAUCUGCUUCUUCCCCAACGGCAGCGCCUUCGCCACCGGCUCCGACGACGCCACCUGCCGGCUGUUCGACCUCCGCGCCGACCAGGAGCUCAGCCUCUACUGCCACGACAACAUCAUCUGCGGGAUCACCUCCGUGGCGUUCUCGCGCUCCGGCCGCCUGCUGCUGGCGGGCUACGACGACUUCAACUGCAACAUCUGGGACGCCAUGAAGGGGGACAGAGCAGGAGUCCUGGCCGGUCAUGACAAUCGCGUGAGCUGCCUCGGCGUGACGGAUGACGGCAUGGCGGUGUGCACCGGAUCCUGGGACAGCUUCCUAAAGAUCUGGAACUGAGCCAUGCACAUCAGCACCCAAACGCACGCACACACACACACACACACACGCACACACACACACACGCACACGCACACGCACGCACACGCACACGCACACACACACACACACACACACACACACACACACACACACACACACACACACACACCGUCUGACAGACACGGCUCCGAUCCUGGGACACGGUUUGCACCCUGUAUUCACACUGUAUGUAAGAAUCAAAAGACAAACUACAACAUUGUACUGUACAUAAUAUAUAGGACUUACAGUAGGUAUGAGUUUACACAAAACACACACGCCACACGCUGUACGCAGGACAAGGUGACACGAGACCUGAACACAGACCCACACUACAUACAGUGCACAGUAAUAAGACUACGGAGGUGCGCACACAAACAAACAAACACACACACAUCCUUGCGGUGCUAUAAAAGUGGGGCCCCACCAUUGACAUAAUGCCUUCCACAGCCACUUACUCUAACCAUCACUACUAAAGGCAGACGUCUAACCUUUGCUCUAAUCCGAACCAACUUCUAACCUUAGCCCUAAAAUCACACCUUGACCCUCAAAAAGGCCUUUAAAGUUGUGGGGCCCAGACAAAGGUCCCCACAAGUGACCAUAGGGCCCCACUUAGGUAGGAAAAAAGGAUUUUGGGCCCUACUUUAAUGUAACUGCAAGUACACACACACACACACACACACACACACACACACACACACACACGCCUAUACAGUUAGGUCCAUAAAUAAUGGAACAAAGUUUAUUGGAAUUUCUUCUCCAUACACCACCACAAUGAGCAUGUCCCCAACUUACAGCUCUAAUUCAAAGAUGAAUUAACAAAGCAGGUAAGAGGUGACACCUGUGUAGGCAAUGACUGUAAGGAGUUCAUGAGCUUUACUCUGAAGGCAGAUGCAGUAAAAGCCUGGUUGCUGCUGUUCAUGGCUGACUCCAAAUGAAAUGAUUGUUGAUUGUUGAAAUGAAGGUAAUAACUGUCGGUGGGUCACAUUCAGUGUGGUGGUGUACAGAGAUGUGGAAUGGUACACGCCACUAAUACCUGAAGCCUUUUAAAACACACACACACACACACACACACACACACACACACACACACACACACACACACACACACACACACACACACACACACACACACCUUUUCCUGAGUCACUGCUCCUCGAGUUAAGCAGGGCAGAAGUUGACAGUUUUGUCUUUGUUUACAAUGAAGUCUUAAAUGCACUUUGGGUUUUCUGUACUAUUUUUGUCUCCGUACCACACGUCAUCUCAGCCAUGAGUCCAUUAACACUGAAGAGCCCACCUGCCCCAGAUGGAGGGCAGGUGGGCAGGAGUCCAAGGAAAAUAUCAGCUACAGUAGUCACUGUUUUUAUAGAGACAUACCCCCAAAUACAGUGCACCUCUUCUGAAGGGUCUUUUGUUGUUCGUUUCUACUUUUGACUUUUCUUUUAUUCAUGUUCUCCCUGUGUGCCUCAGAUACACUUAAGGAUUAUUACUAGAAGAUAUUGAUAGUUAAGUAAAAACACCUGAGAUUGAGAUGCUGGGUGAAAAUCAAACGCAUUAUGAAACUCAACCUACUAAAGCAGGAGCCACUAUUCGUAUGUUGGCUCUGUCGGCGUAUUAUCUGGACAUUAUGAUGGUAUAAUUGUACAUAAAAAAUAAAGUAAUAGCCUCUUCUCCUGCCA